CGGAAAGACGGCACUCUAUUAUUUCGCUCACUAAAACUAAAAGAAAAAAAUAAAAUAAAAUAAAAUCGCUCUCCCUUUCUCUCUCUAAGGAGCUUGCUCUCAUUUACUCUCUCUAAAGAGCUUUUUAAUUUAAUUUUCUUCCUUUCUCUCUCUUUCAUUCAUUUCAGAGCCUUUUGAGUUUUCUCUUUGCGGUCUCUCUGGAAACUUAAAACUUCUUUUAGACGGGGAUAUGCUUGCAGUCUUGCACUUCACUGUUCUUACAGGCUAAUGUAUCUUUAAAGAAUGCAACAUGCUUUUAUUGGCAUGCCCUGAGUUAUGUCCAUUUCUUUGUGCUUUUAAUGUAAUUAUGUCAAGGAAAAAGGCCAUCGGACCUGGUUCAAGCUUAACCUGCAUGUUAGCAGCAAGUAUAAUCAUGGAUGUUGAAGUAAGUAUCAACUGUAAUUAAGAAGGGGAUCUUGUACUCCGAAUUUAACCUAUAUUACACAAAUAUGCCUACAUGGUGGGGAAAGUCUUCAUCCAAAGAAGACAAAAGGAAAGCAAGCAAGGAGAGGUUCAUUGAUGCUAUAAAUCGCAAGCUUAAGAUCACAUCUGAUGACAAAUCCACUAGCAGAUCAGAGGGUUCUCGAAGACACCAUAAUGAUACUGUUUCAGAUAGGGGAUCUCUGUCUCAGGUCCCGUCAAGAUCACCAUCACCCUCGCAAGUAUCACACUGUCAAAGUUUUGCAGAAGGGCGUAAUGCCCAACCACCUCCACUUCCUGGGAUGCACCAUGCUAGUAUUGUACGUACUAAUUCUGGAAUUAAUGCAUCAAAAAGACCAGGAUUUGACAGAGGUUCAAGGCCACCACCGCUUUUACCGUUGCCAAAACCUGGACAAGUCUCUAACAAACUGGAUCCUGUAGAUGCCGAGGGAGAUAUUGCUACUGCUUCUAUUUCUAGCAAUAGCUCCAUUGAUAGUGAUGACCCAUCUGAUUCUCGUCUACUUAGCCCCCUGACUUCUGAUUAUGAAAAUAGACAGAGGACUGCUGCAAACAGUCCUUCUGGCAUAAAACACAAGGGUCAGUUACUUGUUAUCAAUCAGAAGGACCCAAAAGAGAUACUGAAGCCAGCUAAUAUGUCUUUGAAUAAUCAGUACCUAUCAACAUCACCUAAGCGAGGACCAUUGAGCAAUCAUGUGCAGAAUUUACAGAUUCCUCAACGUAGUGCUUUCUCUAGUGCUGCAGAGAGCUCAAUGUCCAGCCCUUCUAGAAGUCCAAUGAGAGCAUUUGGUAUUGAGCAACUUUGGAACUCCGGUCCGUGUACAGGAAAGCCUUUCUCUGACAUAGUUUUCCUGGGAUCUGGACACUGCUCUAGUCCAGGUUCAGGCCAUAAUUCUGGACAUAAUUCUGUUGGUGGAGAUAUGUCAGGACAGUUAUUUUGGCCACAAAGCAGGUGUAGCCCUGAAUGUUCUCCAAUACCUAGUCCUAGAAUGACAAGCCCUGGUCCCAGCUCCAGAAUACACAGUGGUGCUGUCACCCCUUUGCAUCCACGUGCUGCAGGGGCUGCCACUGAGUCACCUACAAGCCGACACGAUGAUGGGAAACAGCAAAGCCACAGGUUGCCUCUUCCCCCAAUAACAAUAUCUAAAACUUGCCCCUUUUCCCCUGCAUAUUCAGCAGCAACAUCUCCAUCACUGCUACGAAGUCCUGGUAGGGCAGAAAACCCAACAAGCCCUGGCUCCCGCUGGAAGAAAGGACAAUUGCUGGGGAGGGGCACAUUUGGACACGUGUAUCUUGGUUUUAACAGUGAAAGUGGGGAGAUGUGCGCAAUGAAGGAAGUAACAUUGUUUUCAGAUGACUCCAAAUCAAAGGAAAGUGCACAGCAGUUGGGACAAGAAAUAAUGAUGCUAAGUCGCUUACGACAUCCAAAUAUAGUGCAAUAUUAUGGAUCUGAAACUGUAGAUGACAAACUUUACAUAUACUUGGAGUAUGUUUCUGGUGGCUCCAUCUAUAAACUGCUUCAAGAGUAUGGUCAGUUUGGUGAAAGUGCCAUUCGGAAUUAUACUCAACAAAUUUUGUCUGGGUUGGCUUACUUGCAUGCUACAAAUACUGUUCAUAGAGACAUAAAAGGAGCAAACAUACUGGUUGACCCCAAUAGCCGUGUGAAAUUGGCUGAUUUUGGGAUGGCAAAGCACAUUACUGGCUCAUCUUGUCCAUUAUCAUUCAGGGGAAGCCCCUAUUGGAUGGCACCUGAGGUUAUAAAAUAUUCAAAUGGAUGUAACCUUGCUGUUGAUAUAUGGAGCCUUGGGUGCACAGUUUUGGAGAUGGCAACCACAAAGCCACCUUGGAGCCAGUAUGAAGGGGUUGCUGCUCUGUUCAAGAUUGGCAGUAGUAAAGAACUUCCAGCAAUUCCUGAUAGUCUUUCAGAUGAGGGAAAGCACUUUGUGAGGCAGUGUUUGCAAAGAAACCCUUCACAUCGCCCUACGGCAGCUCAGCUUUUAGAGCACCCUUUUGUAAAAAAUGUGGCACCGCUGGAAAGAUCCAUCUUUAGUGCUGAUGCAUCAGACCCAUCACCUGCAGUUACCAAUGCCAUGAGAACACUGGGAGUUGGAAAUACUAGAAAUGUUUCGUGCGCUGACUCUGAAGGGACAGCUAGCCUUCCUUGUAGAGGUUUAAAAAUGGGAUCAGGAUCCAGUGAUGCUCAUACACCUAGGAACGUGUCAUCCCCGGUUUCUCCUAUUGGCAGUCCUCUCCUACAUCCAAGGUCACCACAACAUUUGAGUGGAAGGAUGUCCCCCACUCUAAUAUCUAGCCCUCAUACUGCCUCUGGUUCAUCCACUCCUCUUACUGGUGGUAGUGGCCCCAUUCCAUUUCAUCCCCAAAAACAGUCAAUGACCUACUUGCAUGAAGGUAUUGGAACUAUUCCUAGGUCCCAAAGUAAUUUUUAUGGAAAUCCUAGCAAGCCUUAUCAAGAAGCCAAGCCUGACCUGUUUCGAGGGAUUCCACAAGCCUCUAAUGUUUUCCAAGAAAUGAUUUCAUCAGAUAGUGGUGCUUUUGGAAAACAAUAUGGAAGGCCUGGCAGUGGGGAUCAUAGGGAACUCUAUAAUGGGCAGCCAGUCUUGGCUGAUCAUGUGUCUCAGCAACUCUUGAGGGACCAUGUGAAAUUUAAACCAUCACUGGACCUGAACCCAAGUUCAUCAAUGCUUGGUCGUAAUGGAGGAAUCUAGUUUGCUCCAGAAUCCUCUGUCAGGACUCAGGG